AUGGUCAUCCAAGAAGGGAAUAAUGUUGCAGCUACUAAGGCAUUGCCUGUGGGCCUAGGAAAAAUGUUUGGGGGUCGGGAGCGGGGAGGUCACUCACCAGCUGCCACCAAGGUCAUCCCGGUGCGAUGCUGCUUCACCUACCACAAGAUGGUGGACAACAAGUGUGAGGCCACCCUGGGGACGCUGCAGACCCAGUACACUAAGGGGGACGCCCUGGAUGCUCUGAGCCUGAAGCUCUACUGCUGUCACCGUAUGCUGCUGGCACAGAUGGACCUGACUGAGAAGCUGCUCAACUAUGUGCCGCUGGAGAAAUAGCUGCUGGAGCUGCCUUCCUGUUCUGCUGACCAUAGAUGGUGUCACACCAAGGUCAUGAACAGUGUCACACAGA